AUGAUUUACAAAAUUGAUAUUGAAAAGGCAUUUGAUACUAUUGAGUGGCCUGUUAUUCUUGCUACCCUUCGGAGGAUGCAUUUCCCUGAAAUUUGGAUUACCUGGAUCAAGUCUUGCCUCUCUUCUUCUUCUUUUUCCUUUAUUGUGAAUGGCCAUCAUACUAUCUGGAUUAAGAGUAGUAGAGGAGUCUGGCAGGAUGAUUUAAUUCUUGUUACCAAAGCUUCUAGACAUAAGGCUAGAUAUUGUCUCAUAUGCCUUAAUCUUUAUGAAAACCUUACUGGUAUCAAAUUGGGAACUUUUCCUUUUAAAUAUCUCGGCAUCCCUAUCUCUCCAAAACACCUGUCUAUCAACCAGCUGUCGUAUAUGCCAGAUAAAGCCCAGCAAGUUAUUUCAACUUGGAACCUCUCCUCUCUUUCUCUUGCUGGUAGGACUACUCUCCUUAAUAGUACUGUUUUUACCAUCCCAAACUACAUUCUUUCUGUGAUGAACCUUCCUGUUUCAAUACUGAACUCCAUUUCAAAGAUUGCUCAUAAUUUCCUCUGA